AUAACUGACCUACCAAGCAAAGCAUUCUUCUUCUGUUAACUGUUGAGUUGUGGUGGGGGCAUAAAGGCCUUCUCUUACUUGCAUGCCACACUUCUCCUCUUACAAGUUUCCGUUUUUCAUUUUUGUCUCAUUAUCACACAUCACUCGUCACUGCCACCGUUACCGCAAUACCCGCAUUCUCAAAACUCUGAUGUCUUCUCCUUGGAGCCCAUCGCAUGCACAGCAAGAAUUUCAUGAAGCUUUUAGGAGGGUUAAGCGCUUUAGGUUGUUUGAAUCCUCUCUGGGUGCUAUUGGUUUCGUUCUUGUCACUGCCUUUGUCAUUUGCUGCUUCUUCUUUUUGGAUAACAGAGAUUUUGCUGCUAGAUUUGGUCCCAAUCCCAUGGAUAAGCCCAAGAGGUUCAAUUGGUUGCAGAUGAAAGGCUCUGUUUCUGGGGAAGGCAGAGUUGAAUUCCUUCAAGAAAAUGGUGGUGGCUGCGAUUUGUUUGAUGGGAACUGGGUUUGGGAUGAGAGCUACCCUCUCUAUCAUUCUAAAGAUUGCAGCUUUCUCGAUAAAGGAUUCCGAUGUUCUGAGAAUGGACGGCGGGACUUGUUUUACACCAAGUGGAGAUGGCAACCUAAAGGUUGCAACUUGCCCAGAUUCAAUGCAACAAUGAUGUUGGAGAAACUGCGAAACAAACGGAUAGUGUUUGCUGGUGAUUCAAUUGGGAGAAACCAAUGGGAGUCACUCUUAUGCAUGCUCUCUUCUGGAGUGCAAAACAAGGAAUCAAUCUACGAAGUGAAUGGCAGCCCAAUCACAAAGCACAAGGGCUUCUUGGUGUUCAAAUUCAGGGAUUAUAACUGCACGGUGGAAUACUAUAGAUCACCAUUUCUGGUAUUGCAGGGCCGGCCUCCCGCCGGAGCUGCUGCCAAGAUUAGGACAACACUGAAAGUGGAUAAAAUGGAUUGGAACUCUUUGAAGUGGAAAGAUGCCGAUAUCCUUGUUCUUAACACAGGGCACUGGUGGAAUUACGAGAAGACCAUAAGAGGAGGAUGUUAUUUCCAACAAGGCAUGCAAGUUAAGAUGGAAAUGCAGGUACAAGAUGCAUAUAAGAGGUCCAUUGAGACAGUGUUGAAUUGGAUACAAGAUACAGUUAAUACCAGCAAGACACAAGUUUUCUUUCGUACUUUAGCCCCAGUGCAUUUCAGAGGCGGGGAUUGGAGAAACGGUGGAAAGUGUAAUUUGGAGACACUACCAGAGAUUGGGUCGUCAUUGGUGCCUAAUGAUAACUGGUCCAAGUUCAAGAUAGCAAAUUCUGUGUUAUCAUCAGCAAACAGAAAUAGUAUGAAGUUGAGUGUGUUGAAUGUGACACACAUGACUGGUCAGAGAAAAGAUGGGCAUUCAUCAAUAUAUUAUCUGGGUCCAGUUGUGGGUCCUGUGCCUCAUCAUCGGCAAGAUUGCAGCCACUGGUGUCUCCCCGGUGUGCCUGAUACAUGGAAUGAGCUCCUCUAUGCUCUCAUACUAAAAUCUCAAGCUUCUCAUAGAUGGAACAUGUAACACAACAAAUCCUCUUAGCUCAUUACAGGGAAUUAUUGGUCUUCAGAAGAAGCCCAAUUUUUGUUUUUGGAUUACAAGCUUACUUGCAGCACAUAAAUCAAUAGAUUAGAUGGGGGAAAGCACAUGACAAAGUAUAAUUACCAAAAUUCUUGAAUGCGUCUCAAUUUCACAAAAUUCACAUCAUUAGCUUGUUUUUAAUCUAC